AUGGCUUCAUACCAUUCCUUCAUCAAGCUUGACAAGCUCGACGGCGAGGACCAAGGACCGAUGGCUCGCAGUAGGUUGCGAUGGCAAAAAAAACUCGACCCCGACUUGACAAGAGAGGCUGCUUCGAAAGACAGCAGCAAUCCUGUAUUGGAGAUCUACUACCAAGUGGGGUCUGAGAACCAAGGCUCGCUGUGGCAAGAAAACUCGGAAUCCGACUUGACAAGAGGAGGUGAUUUUAGAAGACUGCAGCAGUCCCAUUGGGGAUCUACUACCGAGGCUUGA